AUGCUGAAAAUCUCACUAUGCAUAUUGGUUAUGGUAAGUCGUCCAGAAUUGUAGGAGAUUUCACAAAACGAAGUAUUUCAGACCAUAGUGAAUGUGCAUGCUACUACAGCAGUGAUAAAACGUAGUUUAUUUGCGGAUAUGAAUAUAAUUGGUGGUGGAUUUACACCGGACUCGCAAUCUCGUCAAGGCCAUCCAACAAUCAUUUCAUCAAUUCAAAUCGACGACCAGCCAUCUGCAAUUUUGUUCAAACCAUAUCCAUUUGAAUAUUGUCAAGCAAUUCGCAUUUGUAUCGCUGAUAAAAUGCAGAUUGAUAAGGAUAUUCCAGUCACAAUCAAAGAAGAACACUGUGAAAAUAGUGUUGAUUAUAUUCCACCAACUGGUGCAAUCACAAUCACUAAAAAAGGUGAAACACCAGAAAAGGGUUUCGCAAUUGAUUUAAGAUUUGAUAUGGCAAUUGGGAGUCAUCAAAUUGAUGUCUCACCAAGUCCAUAUGUCAAAAAAUCACAAUGGUCGGCAACACCAAAAGCAGUGGAUUUGACAAGCAAAACAUUGAUCAUUUUAACAAAUAGCAGACAAUGUCAUCCACAAUCAUUUGUCAAUGGAAAAAUUACUUAUCAUCCGAUUUAUACUCAAAAGUGAGUUAUUUUUCAAAAAUCACAAUAAACGACAGAACAUGUGAACUCUAUCAGCUGAUAUAUUUACGUCACGCCUCCGUUUCUAAAAAUAUACCAUAAAAUGUCUUAUUUUUAGCCAAUUCGAUGGAGAGUGGCCAAAUAUCUUCCAGUUCACAAGAUUUCAAACUUCCGAGAGUACAUUGAUGACUCACACUUCGCCUGAAGUCAAAAAGACAGUCGAUUAUUUCCCGGUGGUUAAGAAAUGGACACACUCGGAAUCUAAGCUCAAAAAUAUCCAAUUCAGUUGUAUGAUUUCGGGAGAAGGUGAUAAUAACCGAGAGAGAAUUGUCAAACCAUCAGUUUUGAUCGCACCAAAACAAAUACAAACCUCAACUGCACCACAGAACAGCAAUCCAGUGUCUCGUAUUGAUUUCAAUGUUGAUGAUUGCCAUUGGUUGAGAUUGUGGUUCACGAAAAAAGCGGAAUGGAAAGAUUAUGCAACAAGUAUUGAUAAAGAACUUGAUCAAACUAUUGAUUUCAUCUUCAAUGCUGGAAUUGUUUUCCUUCCAGAUAGGGGUAAUUUUCAGUAAUAAUACAUCAUUCAUAAACAAAUAUAUAUAAUUUUUUCCAACAGAAAAUGCAGUAACUCUUCCUGGCUCAGUGAAACAAAUCAAAUCAUUCAGAAUUGCGUAUCACCAAAACAAUAAUGCUGAACUUCUCAUCGGAAGAACUGGAAAUGAUUAUAUCAAUCCAAUCUUUUUCAAAUUUCCAAUAUUAGAAGAGGGAGAUUACAAUAUUUUCAUGAUUCGUUCACCAUCUUGUGAUGCAAGAUUUUCGACUGGAUUUGGAACAAAUUCUGGACAACCGAUUCACAAUAUGGUAACUUUAAAGCCGUGCAAAGCAUUUUCGAUCGCAGAACCAUCUACUUGA